AUGGAGGCAACGUUAAAUCACUCUAAAGAAAAUCAGCCCAUUACAACUCCUGUUGAUAGUUUGUCGUCAGUAAAGACAAAUUUCAAUGCCAUCCAAGACUGGGACCAUGAUGUGGAAACCAUUCCUCGCCUCCAAGUUGUCGAUGAACAGCAGAAAUUCACUGAACAACUCCCCGAUUACAUGAAGACAUGGGGUUUAGCAGAUGCCGGCUUUAAAUAUGAUGUUGUAGCCGUCUUUGGCUCUCAAAGUACCGGCAAAAGUACUUUAUUAAACAGACUUUUUGGUACUUCAUUUGUUGAAAUGGAUGAAACCCAACGUCAACAGACCACAAAAGGUAUCUGGCUGUCUCGUGGCAGAGGCAUGCAUGUUCUUGUGAUGGAUGUCGAAGGCACAGAUGGCCGUGAAAGAGGUGAAGAUCAAGACUUUGAGCGCAAAUCAGCACUGUUUUCUAUGGCAACGAGUGAGGUCAUUAUUAUCAAUCUAUGGGAACAUCAAGUUGGUCUUUAUCAAGGUGCAAAUAUGGGUCUUUUGAAAACUGUAUUUGAAGUCAACCUGCAACUGUUUCAAAAUCAAAAGAGUAAGGAAAAGACGUUGCUUCUGAUAGUCAUUCGAGACUUUGUUGGUGCAACACCAUUGGAAAAUUUGGCAAAGACAUUAAAAGCGGAUUUGGAAAAGAUAUGGGAGAGCUUGUCAAAGCCUGAAGGUCUCGAGAACUGCAAAAUUACAGACUAUUUCGACUUUAUGUUUACUGGCUUGCCUCAUAAAAUUUUGCUGCCUGAAAAGUUCGAUGAGGAAGUGAAGAAGUUGCGCUCAAGAUUUAAUGAUCCUGAGAAUCCUGAUUUUGUCUUCCGUCCGGAGUACCAUAAGCGUAUUCCUGCAGAUGGUUACAAUAUGUAUGCAUCCAGUAUUUGGGAUAAGGUGCUUACCAACAAAGAUCUGGAUCUGCCCACUCAACAAGAAUUAUUGGCUCAAUACAGAUGUGAUGAAAUCUCCAAUGCUGCUUUCGAAGUAUUCAAAGAACAAAUCGCUCCAUUCAAAUCACCCAUUCUCGAAAAGAAUCAAAUCAUCCCUGAAUUGGGCGAAAAGAUGAAGGCAAUGAGAGAGGAAGCAAUGCAGACGUUUGACAAGAGUGCAUCUCGUUACAACCAAGGCGUUUAUCAGAAGAAGAGAUCAGAGAUGCUUGCCAAGUUGAAUACUCAGUUGGGCGUAUACUUUGUUGGUCAACUGAAUAAUUUGCAUAAAAAGGCCAUCACCAAUUUCGACGAAAAUCUGCAAAAGCAAUUAAAGACACCUGGAUACAACUUUGCAGAAGCUGUUUCCUCUUGUAAAAAGGAAGCUAGCGAUAUGUUUUUGAAUGGAGCUAAAGCCAUCAUUCUAUCUGAUACAGAUUGGUCCUACACUCAUGAGGAGGAACUCUUGAACGAGGACUUUACCGAAAUAUCAUCCAGAGCUCGAGUAGAAGAAUUCAAAAAGAUGAACAAGGCGCUUGAAAAGCAGAUUGAGUCUGAACUUGCCGAUCCUGUCGCCCUCGAAUUGAAUCGCCCUAAGAGUGACAUGUGGCACAAGAUCAUCGAAACUUACAAAACUACAGUCUCUGACGGUGAAAAGCUGCUAGCUAAGAAAGCCAAGAGUUUUGACUCCUCUGAAGAAGAGAUAGCCAAAUCCACUACCGAUCUCAAAAGACAAACAUGGGUUGUUCUCCGUAAAAAAGUGGACGAAGAAUUGGCUGACAAUUUGUUGUUAUUAAAACUUCGUAACAGAUUUGAAGAAAAGUUCCGUUAUGACGACAAGGGACUUCCUAAGGUGUGGAAACCUGAAGACGACAUUGACUCUUACUUUAAAAAGGCUAGAGAUGAGACGUUGUUGUUGGUCAAGAUAUUCUCCAAGGUCGACUUGAGCUUGGAUGAAGAUUUCGAGAUUGAAUCCACCGAUGAUUUCGACUUUAAGCAAUCACUCACAGUUUUGGGAGAGGCCAAACAGAUCGAUAUCACCAACAGGUUCAAGCGUGAGUCGGAUGCAUUUUACUUGGAAGCCAAGCGUUCCGUAGUAGCAACAACCGCCAAGGUCCCAUCCUGGGUUAUCAUCAUGAUGAUUGCGCUUGGUUGGAAUGAAUUCAUGACCAUCCUUAAAAGCCCGAUUUACCUUGUGCUUUUCAUCCUCUGUGUCAGUGUUGGUUAUGUUGUCUACGCUCUCAACUUGUGGGGACCUGCUGAAAGAAUCAUCACAACUGUUGCGAAUGAAGUCACUAAAAUGGCAAAAACUCGUCUUGCAGAGACCAUCAAUACCACUGGCCACGGAAAUCAGCAGUAUGAAUUAUCUGAUAUCAAGGACAAGCACGAUUAG